AGAAAGAGAAGUCACACCUCGUCCAUUGAUCAGUAAGCUCUUUGUUAAAGCGCCUUUGAGAGGAGUUCUUUCCUAAACUCAAACCGAACCAAAGUAUAACCCAUUAAACCCUACGCCUUAGCUCCUCCCUUCCUCCUCCUCAUCACCCUCUCAUUUCCUACUGCACCGCACCGCUGGUUCCUUACAAUCGCCCACCGCAGGCCGUCCUUCACGGCCACGCUAAUCGCAGCGCCACCUUCCGUCCGUUCUUCGCUCACACCUUUUUCUGCUCCUCCGUCCAUCGGAGUCCGGCAAGGCAUAAACAAAUGAUUCGUGUCCGUGUUCCUUUCCAAAUAUAGGCCACGCACCAUCAAACUCCCUCAAUUUUUUGGUCCCUUGAAUCGAUUGGAAAAUGAAGAAAAUGAUAGCUCUGGGUUUUGAGGGUUCAGCAAACAAGAUCGGUGUUGGGGUUGUAACUUUAGAUGGCAACAUUUUGGCAAACCCACGUCACACCUACAUUACACCUCCUGGACAUGGCUUCCUUCCUCGUGAAACUGCACAACACCAUCUCCACCACAUUCUUCCAUUGGUUAAGUCUGCUCUGGAAACUGCAAAAAUUACCCCAAAGGAUAUUGACUGCCUUUGUUACACCAAAGGGCCUGGCAUGGGAGCUCCUCUACAGGUUUCUGCUGUUGCUGUGAGGGUUCUUUCUCAGAUUUGGAAUAAGCCUAUUGUUGCUGUUAAUCACUGUGUUGCACAUAUUGAGAUGGGAAGGGUUGUAACUGGUGCAGAUGAUCCUGUUGUCUUGUAUGUUAGUGGUGGGAAUACUCAGGUGAUUGCUUAUAGUGAAGGAAGGUAUAGAAUCUUUGGGGAGACUAUUGAUAUUGCUGUUGGAAAUUGCUUGGACCGGUUUGCAAGAGUCCUAACACUAUCCAAUGAUCCAAGUCCUGGAUACAAUAUUGAACAGCUUGCAAAGAAAGGAAAACUUUUUAUUGAACUUCCAUAUGUUGUCAAAGGAAUGGAUGUAUCAUUCAGUGGGAUAUUGAGCUAUAUCGAAUCAACUGCUGAGGAGAAGCUAAAAAGUAAUGAGUGUACUCCUGCUGACUUGUGCUACUCUCUGCAGGAGACUUUGUUUGCUAUGCUUGUGGAAAUAACGGAAAGAGCCAUGGCCCACUGUGACAAGAAAGAUGUUCUUAUAGUCGGUGGUGUAGGUUGUAACGAGCGCUUGCAAGAGAUGAUGAGAAUAAUGUGCUCUGAGAGAGGUGGAAGGUUAUUUGCAACUGAUGACCGUUAUUGUAUCGAUAAUGGGGCAAUGAUCGCAUAUACUGGUCUUCUUGCUUGGGCACAUGGUGUUUCGACGCCAUUGGAGGAAGUAACAUUCACCCAAAGGUUUCGAACUGAUGAAGUACAUGCAAUCUGGAGAGAAAAGGCUUUGACUAAUGGAAAGGAGCUUAUGGAAAAAGAUGUCUAAGCCAUCUUUGUUCUCUUCAAAAGGUGACACUUAGUAUGGCAAUGAGAUGCUUUGUAAGCUUAGUGUAACUGGCAUAAUUCUCUUUGGAUUUUUCAUGAUGCCUGGAGUUUUAUAGAUAAUAAGCAGCACCAAUGAAAAAUUUAGCCAAAUGGUCUUUAGGCUAUAACUUGUAAACGGUAGUGACAGGUCCAAUGUAAUUAGAAAUCAGCAAACGAGCGCCAACUCUGAAGGUAACUUAGUUCAGCAUUUGAGUUCAUUCUUUCUCGUGUAUUCUUGAAACUCUUUUUUUUGUUGUAAAAUUUUAGUUAUUAUUUUUUCUUUUCGUUCAAAGAAGAUUUAAGUUUGAUGAUAA